AUGACCCAUUGUUUCACAGCAAGUAGUACUUAUGGAACAGAUAAUUCAACAGAAUCAACAACUCCACUCGAGAAAAAGGAUGAUAAUGAAGGGAAAAAAGAGAAAAAAGAUAUGAAAAGUCAACGAAAAAUUGAAUACCAGGAUUUAAUUCUGAUGGCUAGAAGUGGACAGGGAGAUGCUUGGAAAGCAAUAGCAAAGGAAAAAGACGGAAAUACAAAAGUUGUGGUAAUCAAAGCACUCCGCGCUCCUUUCCUCUCUCCAGCUGCAGCUAAAUACACAUUACGAGAAUUGACUUUACUUUCUACAUUAAAACAUCCUAAUUUAAUUUCUUUAUAUGAUAUAAGAAUUCCAACAAAAAUAAAACCAUUAAAGAAAUUUGAUGAAUUACAUUUUGUGACGGAAUAUUUUGGAAAAACUUUAAGUGAGAGAAUUUCGGAAAAGAAAAGACUACAAAAAGUUUGGACACAUCAAGAACUUUCCUAUUGUAUAAUGCAAAUACUUUGUGGGGCUAAAUAUUUACACAAAUCGGGAAUUGUUCAUAGAGAUUUAAAACCAACAAAUAUUGUAAUGAAUGAAAGGGGAAAUGUUAAAAUUCUCGAUUAUGGCAUUGCUAGAGAUAUUUUACCAGAAAAUUUAACUCCAGAUGCAGGUACACCUUUCUAUCGAGCACCAGAAUUAUUUCUUGGAAUUAAUAGUUAUGACAGAAAAGAUAUAUGGUCAAUUGGUUGUAUUUUUGCUGAAUUAAUUUCUGGUAAAAUUCUCUUUACUGGAAUAACCUUAUCUAGUCAAUGGAAGCAAUUUAUUGAAUUACUUGGAAGUUCUCCCUCAGAUUUGGAAUUUAUUAAAACACUAAAUCUUAAAAAAACACAACGAACAGUUAUUGAGAAUAUUGAGGAACGUCCUCCAAUUGAUUGGGAACGUUUUAUUUCCGAUGGAGCAAUUCCUAAACUAAUUAGUGAAUUUCUUACAAUUGGAAAUGUUCGUCAACUUCUUUCCUCAAUGCUUGUAUUAGAUCCAUUUAAACGGACAGAUGCAAAUAAUGCCCUUUCUAAUCAUUAUUUUGAUAUUUAUCGUGGUUAUUUAAGUGCCAAUUUACUUGCUAAACCGGAAAAGAUUUAUGAUUUUCAAGCAGAAAUUAAAACAUUACAAACAAAUGGAAAUAAUUUAGAUAAAUGGAAAGAAAUUGUUCUCACAAAAGUUAAUGCAUUCAAAAAGUCUUGUUUACCUCAUUAA